AUGGCCAGUCACUCCUCCUCGGGUCUUCCGCCCCUAAGCGACCAUGAAUAUAAGCUAUACAACCGCAUGGCGGAUAAUAUGCAAGCAUUGCAUCAGUGGUUUCGUGUGCGAUGGAACAUAAUUUACGACGUGGCAGCAUCAUCACAACGCCCCGCUGGCAUGUCUAUCAAGAGCUACCUUAACAUGUGUUUGGAAUUUUGUGAAAAUCUCGAGACACACCACAAGAUUGAAGAGAUCCGUGUCUUUCCAUACCUCGCGACGCGCAUGCCUGCUUUUGCCAACCGGGAUCAAUUGAUUGAGCAGCAUAAAGUCAUUCAUAAAGGCCUCGAAAGAUUCGAGUCGCAUGUUCGCAAUUGCUUACAAGGUAAUGCCGAUCUACGGUGGAAUGAGAUUAAAGGGAUCUUGGAUGCGUUCGGAACGACACUCUGGGAUCAUUUGGACGAUGAGGUCAGGGAAUUGGGGGCUGAGCAGACUCGGAAGUACUGGUCAAAGGAGGAAAUGAGUAGAAUGCCGAUGUGA